AUGGGUGUAAAGUCGCUGUGGCAGCUACUUGACCCUGUCGGUAGGCCGGUCUUGCUCGAGACGAUGGAAGGCAAGGCUAUGGCCAUAGACUCGAGUAUCUGGAUCUACCAGUUCCAAGCUACGAUGAGGGACAAGGAAGGUCGCGGGUUGGUCAAUGCACACGUCCUUGGUUUCCUGCGCCGCAUUUCCAAGCUUCUAUUUUAUGGCAUCAAGCCUGUCUUCGUCUUUGACGGUGGCGCUCCUGCUCUGAAGCGGGCGACCAUAUCCGAGCGUAAGAAGAAGAAAAGCGGUGCUGUGAUGAGCCACGCAAAGGUGGCUGAAAGAUUGCUUGCUGCACAAAUGAGGCGUGAGGCUCUCAACCAGGUGAAAACGAAGAGCGGCGAUUCCUCGAAGCGUAGGGGUAAAGUCCCAGACGGUCCUGUAGUCGUCGAUGAGAACGCUGUUUACCUCGAGGACCUUGAUGAGCCUGUUCCUACCACCCCUGCGAAGAAGGCUCAGGCAUCUGCGACCUCUCCGCCAUCCUCGAAGAAGAAAUCCAGUCAAAUGGACGAAGCAAUUGCGAAUGCGACGCGAUCAAGUGCGCCAGACCCUCGCCUUGCGACUGAAGACGAGCUGCGGGGGUUCAUCGAAGAGAUGCGUCCAGAAGACUUCGAUGUCGGGUCACCCGCCUUUCGCGAGCUGCCAACAGAGGUGCAAUACGAAAUCAUCGGCGACAUGCGACUUAAGUCGAGACAGACGUCGUACAAGCGUUUGCAGAACAUGCUACGGAUCGCAAAGACGCCUCUUGACUUCUCAAGGAGCAAAUCAAAAUCUGAAGCACCGAACUCGCUUACGCAGCAGCUCUUGACCACGACGGACAGCAUUGGCAAAGCCCAUGUUGAGAUACCGAUCAGAAUUGCGAGUGAGCGGAAUAGGGAGUAUGUUCUCGUCAAGAACGAGGGUGCGGAGGGCGGCUGGGUGUUGGGCAUUCGUGAUGAAGGUUCUCGGAGCAAGCCGAUUGAGAUCGACCCCGUUAGCGACAAAGAGAACGAAGAGGACGACAGUGAUGUUGAGAUGGAGGAGGUCCAAAUUGACUCUGUGGCGGUCGAUCCGGAUCUGAGGGAGUACCGGAGAAAUCAAGCUCUAUCAGCUCUUGCCAGCAGGUAUUCUCCCAAGAAGCUCACUCCGCUGACCACUAGGACGCAGAGGAAACCCAAGAAUCCACGACCUCUCUUCGCACCUGAAGAGGAUGAACUCUCAGCGAACGCCCUCGCAGGCCAAGACGCGGACGAUGAGGGUGAUCCAGCACUGGAAGCUGCGUUACAGGAAUCCCUCGAGGUUGAGGAGGAAGCGAACCUCAGGCGGGCGAUGGAGGCCUCAAGAACAGAGGGCAAGUCACUUGCCAGGUACUACGACUCGGAUGACGAAGAUUUGUACGCAUCUCCGUCUAGGCUCGAAACUGCCCUAUCGAUCGCAGGUGCGCGCCCAUCCAGGCGACCAGUGUCAGAGUCGCGCAGGGCAUCUGGGUCAUCACACCCACACUCGUCGAUUUUUGGUACGCCUAGUUUGCUACUUCCCGAGUCCACUCGCGCGGCGCCCGUGCCAGCGGAGGCUACACCGACGAUGGUACCGUCCGACUCGGAUGAAGAUGAAAUGGAAGAAGUACUCGUUCCGCCGCCCGUUCCGAGGACGCCGCCGCCCAGAGUGAUGGGCCUUGACGUGCCUAGAAGCCACCCUGUAUCCGAAUCAGAGGACGAUGAAGCCGUCCCCUGGGAUAGGCCACCUUCGCUGAAUAACGAGCCAUCGACAAGUGGGCCAACAGCUGUUGCGUCGACGGCCGAUGGCUGGGACGCAGCGGAUGAGAUGGAUCCUCACGCGGAAGAGGGAGAGUUUGCCCGCUUCAUGUCCCAGGUGAAGGGGAAGGACAUCGAAUCUGUACGGCGGGAAAUCGACGACGAAAUCCGGGACCUCAACCAGCAGCGGAAGGCGGCGAUGCGUGAUUCCGAGGACAUCACCCAGCAGAUGAUAUCGCAGAUAAUGAUCAUGUUGCGCUUGUUCGGCAUUCCGUACAUCACCGCACCCAUGGAGGCCGAAGCUCAGUGCGCGGAGCUCGCCGCCCUCGGUCUGGUGGACGGCAUCAUCACAGACGACUCCGACGUCUUCCUUUUCGGCGGCCUCCGCGUGCUCAAGAACAUGUUCAACCAGUCUAAGACCGUCGAGUGCUUUCUUCUGAGCGACCUCGAGCGCGAGCUCGGGUUGGACCGCGACAAGCUCAUCAGGCUCGCGUACCUUCUGGGCAGCGACUAUACGGAUGGCUUACCUGGUGUCGGGCCUGUGGAUGGGCUGCAUAAGUUUAAGGAUUGGUGGAAGAAGGUCCAGAGCGGGAAGGACACCGCCGAAGACACGGGUACCGCCUUUCGGAAACGAUUCAAGAAACGAUACAAAGAGCUCUUCAUUCCGGAUGACUGGCCGAACCCCACGGUGCGAGAUGCAUACUACCAUCCUACGGUCGACGAGUCGGAGGAGCCGUUCAAGUGGGGUCUCCCAGACUUGGAUGCCCUGCGAGACUUCUUCAAUUCAGAACUGAGUUGGAGCCAAUCCAAGGUCGACGAUCUGCUGUUGCCAAUCAUCCGCAAGAUGGGCAAGCGAGGACAAGUAGCUCUAGAACUCCUGCUGUUCCACGUUAUCACGUUGCUGACACACAUCCCCAGAGUACCACCAACAAGCAGGGCAACCUCGCCGGGUUUUCGACCUCCCGGUCGGCGGGCAGCCCCACGCAAACGCCAAGCCUACGCGAGCAAGCGGUUGCAACAGGUUGUCUCUGACUUCAGGAAGGAGCGUGCGCGGGUGCAGUCGACGGAGUCCUCGGGCACAGGCACAACAUCAGCCAGCGGCGAGCAGAAGCUCAGUCUGACGAUGAGGAUACACCGGCGGGAAGGAGCGGGUGCGGCUGGGGCGAAGACUGGGCGGGGGGCCAAGUCUACGCGCGGCGGUAAUAAGGGUAAGCGGACCGCGAAGAAGCGCAAGGCGAGUGAGAGCGACUCCGAGUCUGAGGCAGAUGUACCCCUUGCCGACUUGCGAGCGGAGGGUGGGUCGCCUCCGCCUCCUUUGGCGGUGAACCUGAGGCCCAGGCCCAAGCCCAAGCCCGCGUACAAGGGUGCAAUAGCUAAUGCUGUUCCUGCGGCUGGCGGAGAGGAGAGCGGGUGA